AUGGCUUACAACAAAAACCUGUCUCCAAACAAUUCGGCACAAACAGCAGCACCAGCACCAGCGGAAGGAAACUACCGAGCUGCAAAUCUCAACAACAGCAACAGCAGCAGCGGAAUUCCAUGGUGGGGGCCAGGACGGGUGGAUACCAGCCGUACGGGGUUUGCAAUGCCCCGUCCCGUCGUGCCCCGGCCCGUCCUGCCCCGCUCAGGCGCAGUUAGGGCACACAACACCGUCUCCUCGUCGUCGUCGUCGUCGUCGUCGUCAUCGUCGUCAUCGUCGUCGCUCUCCCUUUCUCCGGACGGUGGUAUCAGUGACACAGGCUUGAGCAAGGUCGCACACCUCGGAUACGCGAAGGUUUUAGAUUGGCGAGUGCCUGCGGGAAAUCGUUUGAAGGAUUUCGGAAGCGUGUGA